AUGAGUUCAAAGGAUGCCCAAACCAACUCUGGGAGCAACACUGACCAUAUAUACGUCGCUCUCCGAGUUAGGCCUCUAUUAAAACAUGAAGUAGACCGUGACGAAACAGAAGUGAUCACGAUCGCGCCUAUAAAAAAGUCCUAUUACCCGUCGCGUUCACUAAAUGAGACAUCCCACAUUAUUCAAAAUCUGUCUAGUUCUUUAGCCUCUCCAGUGGUCUUAUCGAAGCAGUCUGAUGAACCAAGGAACCCGUCCCUAAGGCAAACACAAUUCAACCAACAGGAAAGUGGUAAGAAGAAGGAGAAAAACAAUAAAUUAAAAGGAGGCGCACAUUACGCUGCACAGGUACACCUUUCUCUGUUGGGUAGAAAACAAAAGAUGCAUUUGCAGACACCAACGUUGGACCUACUGAAGGGUUCUGAAACCACUAGUGAGUUGUUUGCGUUUGAUGCAGUGUUGGGCCCAGACGCCACACAGUCAGACGUCUUUGACCUCCUUCAACUCUACACAUACUGUGAUGUAGCCAUGCUGGAGGGUAAGGCCGCUGCUGUUCUGUGUUAUGGCCAAACAGGAAGUGGCAAAUCUUUUACUAUGAGUGGUCCCCUUGCAACUGCUAAUGACAACCACUGCGUGAAUCCUGAAAUGAAAAAGGACCGUCUUCAGCAAGAUCAAGACAUGGAGGGUAAAAAAACUGUAUUAAUUGAGGAGACUGGAGUCGCCUAUCAAUCUGUUAUUUACAUUGCACAGUGCCUUAAAAAACUCAAGCAGUCCAUGCGUUCAGAUUCCGGUCCGCGAUUAGUGGCUCGAGCCUCCUAUAUCGAGCUGUAUCAGGAGCGUAUUUAUGACCUUUUGCAGGGACGACGCGAACUUAAAUGUCGUUGGUCAGCAGAGCGCCGCACAUUUUAUGUAGAGGAUUUGCUUCAGGUAGAGUGUCGUAAAAAGGAAGAUUUUCUUUUAGUGUUGCGUGAAGGACAGUCACGUCGACAACAGGCUUCGCACAUGCUCAACGCUACUAGCAGUCGCUCUCAUGCACUCUUUACGAUAAACUUUGAGACAAACACUGGCCAUUCACCAGCAGAAGAUGCUUAUCGUAAUUCAUACAUCCGUUACGGAAAACUGACUUUGGUUGAUUUGGCGGGCUCUGAGCGUCUCAAGGACACUGGUAAUGUAGCCAACGACGAUACAAAAGCUAUUAAUCUUUCCUUAUUUGCCUUGACCAACGUUAUUAAGGCCUUAUCCUCUACCCAACCUGUUAAUGUUGGUGCCAGUUCUAACAAGAAGAAUCCCUCACCCCCCUUAAACAAGGAGACAGGUCCCGCCGGUAGAAAAAAUGACUCAAACGACCUGCUUCCUUUCCAAAAUGGUAAAAAUAAUUUGUCAAUGGGCUCCUUUGUGCCGUAUCGCUCGAGUGUACUGACAAAACUCCUGAUGGAUAGUCUGGAGGGCAACAGCCGCACACUUUUUAUCAUCUGUGUUACACCGUCGAGUCGCUUUGUUGAGGAAUCAUUGCGAACUUUACAUUUUGCUCAGCGUGUUCGGCAGAUUCGUAGUGUCGCCGUAGAGCGUGUUGAUUCACAAGUAAAAGAACGACGUGAUCUCUUGCGCACUAUUUCCCAUCUAAAGGCAGAAAACACUAUACUACGUACCGCUUUGGGAAUCCCAUCCGACUCAAAGGAGCUGUUGGAUGAGGAACUCGUGAAGCAGCAAGUUAAGGAGCUGAUUGCUAGUCAUGCAAGUGUUGUGUGGGGGCAGCACUUAACUACAGAAAAUGCUUCUAACAGACCACCGUUGGCUCGAUAUAGUCAAGCUUGCCAAACUUCGUUUUCAUCUGGGCACAUGAUGCUUUGUCACGAAAACACCGAGCUACAGAAGAUGCAAUGCCGUGAUAACAAGCCCAACAUAAAUGAAAUGGGUGACACCGAUGACUCCCAUUUGUUAGUAUCAAACUCACCGAAGUUGCCUCAGCUGGUAUCACCAGUGCAAUUUUCUCGGCCAUUUUCUUCUCCACUCCACCGUGAAUUUAGUAAAAAAGAACGCUGUGAUGAAAUUAUAACCAGGUGUACACCGACUCCGCGGCAAGGGUUCAACGCCUUGGAGAUUCUGAAGAACCUUCCUGACACUAAGUCUGCUUUGUUCGAUAAGUCACAACAGCUUGUAGCGCCAACACAGCACUUAAAUCCUGCUUAUGAAGAAAAUCCACAAAAAGAGAGAAUCGCAACUAGCACUAAUGGCAUACAGAAGUAUGGCUUUCGUCCUCAACAACGUUUGUAA